GAUGUUACUGAGGAACCAGAUGUAGUGCAAAAGUGAUCACUGGGCAGAAAACAAAACAGCUGUAACGUUGGAGGUCACCAUUAGAUCCGGAGACAUCGUCAAAAUGGACUUUAGUCAGGGAACCAGAUUGAAGUUAAAACAAAGUAGGCCUGAGACUGAAUAAGCCCAUAGCUGCAGUAGGAGUCGGGAGUGUGUGUGGGAGUUGUAACCAAGACAAGAGUGUUUUAAAUUUUGUUAUCAAGCAGCCGUUCACAGACACAUCAAUUGUUUGGGUAUAAUCUGUUGCCGGAACACAUAGGUGUACAGAAAUUGAAGAUGCAAUAUAUCAGAGUGUUCAAUGCAUAAUUGAAGACACGGUAGAACGGUUCGUUGAAUGCAGUAUGAGAUAAGAAUAGAGAUGGGGUAGAUUAUGGAAAUCUAAACGCACGGUGUGUGUUCGGGAAUGUAUCUUGGAGACAAGAAUGCAUGUUGUCUCCAUAGGAUGUCGAAUGCGAGUGCACGGUGUACAAGUUUAAUGUGCUAAUGUAUCUUAGCGCAUUAAACAGUUGUGGUAUGGAAUGACUGUGUAUAUAACUGAAGGACUGUUACUUAAUGUAUUUUGACGUCAGGCGAUAGCUGAUUGGUUCUGCCUACACCGCCUCCUUUUGCUUCUCCUGGUUCCUCGGUCUUAGUGUGGUUUUGCUCCGAUGGCGGAGAAGUUCACUGUUUCGAGUUCUGGCUCCAGUUGCAGCAUUUCGUCCCUUUCCAGCGCGCUGUCCAACACCAGGCUCGAUUUGCUGGACUCGGAAAGCUCUGCUGCCCGCAAUGGAGCUCCUGUGUCACGAUCGGGCGCCAGUUUUCAGGCGCAGAGGCGCCGACUCUGCCGGCGCUCAAGCAGCUACAGCGUGGAGUCGGCGGACAGUCCAACUGAGGUUCGAGUGUUGGUGAUAAAUACCGGAGGAACUAUUGGCAUGAUGUACAGAGAUAACGUACUUGCACCACAAGCAAAUUCUCUUGUCAAAGCCCUUCGAAAAAUGCCAGGCCUACAUGAUGAAUGUUACGCUCAAGAAACCAAACUUUAUGACUUCUGUGACUCACCAGAAAACAUUUUGGUUCUUCCUUGUUGUAGGCCAAAUAAAAGGAUUGUAUACACAGUAAUUGAAUAUUCACCACUUCUGGACUCCUGUAACAUGAACACAGAUGACUGGGCUAAAAUUGCAGUUGAUAUAGAGAAUAAUUACCAACAAUACAAUGGUUUUGUAAUCCUUCAUGGCACAGAUACAAUGGCCUAUACAGCUUCAGCCCUUUCUUUCAUGUGUGAGAACCAAGGAAAACCCAUCGUCUUGACUGGCUCUCAGGUUCCCAUCUAUGAGAUGAGAAAUGAUGGCCAUGAUAAUUUGCUUGGAGCACUGCUGAUUGCUGGUCUGUAUGUAAUACCAGAGGUUGGUCUCUAUUUUCAACACAAAUUAUACAGAGGAAAUCGUGUCACAAAAACAGACGCUGGAAGUUUUACUGCAUUUUCUUCACCCAAUCUCCGUCCACUUGUCAAUGCUGAAGUUGAAAUUAGAGUCAACUGGGACACUGUCUGGAGACCAAAUACUACAAAGAAGUUUACGGUGCACACAAAUAUGAAUCGAAAUGUGGGAUUGUUAAGAUUAUUCCCAGGAAUCACUGUUGCUACGGUAAAAGCAUUUCUCCAACCACCAAUGGAAGGAAUUGUUUUGGAGACGUACGGAACGGGUAAUGCUCCAGAUAAUCGCCCAGAUAUAUUGGAGGAAUUUAAAAGAGCCGUUGAUCGUGGCGUAUUAAUAAUAAACUGUACUCAGUGUUUGAGGGGCUUUGUUAGUCAAUCGUAUGCAACCGGAAAGGCUCUUACAGAUGUAGGUCUUAUUCCAGGAGGUGACAUGACACCUGAAGCUGCUUUGGUUAAAUUGUCCUAUGUACUGGGCAAGGCAGAACUAAGUAUUCAAGAGAAGACGAAGAUGCUGUCUGAAAACCUGAGGGGAGAAAUGAGUGUAGCCCUUGGGGAGGCUAAGAUCUCGCUUCGGGACAGUCGAUUUAUUCAAGCUAUUGUCAAAUCUCUCAAUGUCAGCUGUAAAGAGGAACUAGAGGCUAUCCGAGAUGCUCUGACACCUUCGUUGGCAUGUGCUGCAGCAAAGAUUGGUGAUAUUGAUGCAUUGGAAGCUAUACUGGAUAUGGGUGGGAACCUGUGCAGCGAGGAUUAUGAUGGACGAACUCCACUACACAUAGCAGCUUGUGAAGGACACCUAGAAGUUGUGCAGUAUCUGCUCAGCCGCGGAGCCACCGUUUAUGCCAAAGAUCGAUAUGGUGAUACACCACUGAAGAAUGCAGUGAGAUUCAGGCGCACUGAAGUUAUCAAAUUAUUGCGGCAAACUGGUGCCCAUUUCUCAAACAACGAGGUUAUUGAUGUGGGAACCGAUUUGUGCAGCCUGGCUGCGAAUGGUGACGUGGAGGGACUGACAGCUUGGCAUCUUGCAGGGCUGGACUUGGACCAUUGUAACUAUGAUGGACAAAGUCCCUUGGAAGUUGCUUUGGCUGAUGGUAAUGAAGAAGUGGUUGCAUUCCUUCAGUCAGCAUGCAAGCAAAACCGGCUGUUUUAAAAUAGAUUCUGGAGAAUGGAGAAAUCUCCAAGCUAAAAUGGUGGAUACCUGCAAUCAAGUGUCUGACUGUUUCACAAAGAAAGGAACCAGCUCGAGAAACUAUCGUUCAUAGUGGAAAAAUGACCCUCGGAACUUUAUUGUGCAAAGAGAAACUAAUACUGAUGAAGGAUCUAGGCCCGAAACAUCAGCUUUUGUGCUCCUGAGAUGCUGCUUGGCCUGCUGUGUUCAGCCAGCUUCACACUUUGUUAUCUUGGAUUCUCCAGCAUCUGCAGUUCCCAUUAUCUCGGAGUAUAAUAUGUUAUCAUUUGUAUUUUUUUUGUAUUGUUAAUUUUGAUUUACUUCAAAAAGAAGGGAAUCUGCUAUUAUCUAAAAUCAUCUGAGGAAAUAUGUGUGGCUUACUGGAAUGAUAGAACAUGAUGGAAAUAUCUGUGAAUUGCUAAUUGGGUAUAAAUUAGGUGUGAGUUUUAUACAAUAUGGUUAACUCAAAUAAAGCUAUCAGUAGCAGUAUGGCUUUGCACUUUGUUUAGAAAACAUUUACAUUCUCGUGUGUAACACAUCUUUCUUUUCAUCAAUCUAUGUUGACCUUGUGUAAUCCCAAGUGGUAUAUCUUUAAUAAAUUGCUUCUUUGUAUCUUG